UUUGGAUGUUUGGAAUAUUUUCAGGAGGCAUUAUUAUAACCUAUAAACCACUGUUAAACAUACAAAGUACCUUUUCUGUUUUCAACAAACAACGCAACAUUAUUUUCAAGUUUUUAUUGGGGAGAGUUUUUGUCAAUCAGUCAGGAGUGAUUGUUGCUGGGGAAAUCGUGAAUUUGUGAGGAUUUUUCAUGAAAAAUCGAGGGGAUAACAAAUGUAUCAUGGAAAGUUGACGCACGGUUGGAGUGUACGUACUCACCUGUUUCCACGUAAUGCACUUGAUUGUUUGGUGGAUUGGCGGACGGUAAUAUGAACAAAACAACGAUGAACACACCGCAAUCGAACAAGAAAAAGAGGAGCAGGAUGGGGGUGAAGAAUGAGACGACUGCACCGGCUAGUCAGGAAGUACUUAGUCCCCAGGAGGCCACACGUUUUGUUUUGAUGAAUCCCCUGGGUAACGAGCUGGGAAAAACCUACAAAAUCAGUAUAAAUAAUGGGAUUCCAGUAGCUUCUAUGGACGAUGUGGAUUUGGACGAGAAGAAAGUGAUAUCCCAGUGUCUGGAUAAGGAGAAAGAGGACAAGGCAGUGCUGAGUAAUUUACCAGUGGCUGUGGUGAAGGAGUUGAAGGGUUACGAGGACCAAAUUGGCGAGGCAGAGCCCCUGCCCAAUUCGUAUGUGAGAUUUAUGGAGAGAAGUGGAGAGGAGCUUGAUGGUGAGGUUGAGUAUGACCUGGAUGAGGAAGAUUCAGCCUGGUUAGCUGUUGUUAAUGAACGAAGAAUAUCGUCGGGGCUGCCUCCAAUGGAGCCAGACACCUUCGAGCUUCUGAUGGACAGACUGGAAAAAGAAUCGUAUUUCCAGCAGCAGAGCAAUGGAGGUGGAGGAGUUGCGGCUGACGAAGACGCUGUUUGCUGUAUCUGUAUGGAUGGAGAGUGCCAGAAUAGCAAUGCCAUAUUGUUCUGCGAUAUGUGUAAUUUAGCUGUCCACCAGGAUUGCUAUGGGGUUCCUUAUAUUCCGGAGGGUCAAUGGCUCUGCAGGAGAUGCCUCCAGAGCCCUUCUAGAGCAGUGGACUGCGUUUUAUGUCCCAAUCGUGGUGGUGCCUUCAAGCAAACCGAUCGUCCAGCCACCUGGGCACACGUUGUCUGCGCUCUGUGGAUUCCUGAGGUGCGAUUUGCUAAUACUGUUUUCCUCGAGCCAAUCGACAGCGUCGAGAGCAUUCCUGCUGCUAGGUGGAGGCUCACCUGCUGUGUAUGUAAGAGGAGAAGUGCUGGUGCCUGCAUUCAGUGCCACAAGAGCAAUUGUUAUGCUGCAUUUCACGUCACCUGUGCACAACAGGCUGGGCUCUGCAUGAGAAUGAGAACUGUUCAGCCUUCCAAUGGAGAGCCCAUGCUUGUGCAGAAGACUGCCUACUGUGAGGCACACACUCCACCUGAUUUUCAACCGUCCACUAACCCUGCCGAAGCCAGGAGGCGGGCUAUUGCUAAUAAGAAGACAUCAUCUGCGCCUGUUAUAUCUAUUCCCACUAUUCCACCUGAGAGAAUCAGGGAAAUUGCAAGUCUGGCAGAAGGUCUCCCAAAACGGAGUCAACUGAUCCAGCGUCUGAUAGCCUACUGGACCCUAAAACGUCAACACCGAAAUGGUGUACCACUCCUCCGUCGCCUCCAGAGUUCGCAUCCCCACGGUAGACCACCACCCUUGGGCAGUCACUCACCAGCUCCAGACGGCGAGCUUCGAGGGGAGCUCUACCGCCAGCUGAAAUACUGGCAGUGUCUGCGCCAGGACCUGGAGCGAGCGAGAUUGCUGUGCGAGCUCGUUCGUAAGCGGGAGAAGCUGAAGAAAGAGCUGUUCAAGGUCAAAGAGAAAUGCCUGUGGUUCGAGCUGAGACCCCUGGAGAGUGUCCUCCAGACGCUAUUAGAAGCAAUUAAGGCAAAAGAUACGAACGACGUUUUCGGUCAACCCGUGAACAUCAGCGAGGUGCCGGAUUACUUGGAUAUCGUCUCUCAGCCGAUGGAUCUCUCGACGAUGGAGACAAAAAUAGAAAAACAGGAGUACGAGAGUGUCUCAGAUUUUCAGAGUGACUUUACCCUCAUGGUGAACAAUUGUCUCGCUUACAAUCGCAAGGACACAAUUUUUUACAGAGCCGGGCUCAAGAUGCGCGAGCAGGGAGGUGCUCUUAUUGAUCAAGUUCGCAAAGAUUAUCCUGAACUCGACCCUCACCCACCUGUUGUCGACCAGACGACGACAAAAUCGAGAAAACGUGAGCGUGUUAAUCGGAGUAGGACAGAGUCUGAGAGUCAGACUGGAGAGAAAGAAAUGGUGGGUGUGAAUCGUCGAACAGCUGUGUUAUUCACGAGGAAGGCCAAGGCCAGAGCCAGCAAAGGGGGACAGACCCCAGUCAGUGAGGAGAUCAAGAAGCAGACGGAUAGCUUCAGGGUGUACAGGAGUGGAAAUAUGGAUAGUGAUAUUGGGGAAGGGGAUAGCCAGUCGUCGAGUUGCAGCAGCUGCUCCACCAGCAGAUCCACAACUCCUGAACCUGAGGAGGAGGAGGAGCAGCAGGAGGACGAAGAGGAGGAUGAUGACGAGGAGGAUGAGGAGGAGGAGGACAGCGAGCCCCCGCCAUCACCGAAGAAAGUGAAAGAUAAUGAGAAGGGCAGAGGAAAAGGUGAGGGACGACUCGAUGCUUUAACACUCGUCUGGGCCAAGUGUCGAGGAUACCCAUGGUAUCCUGCCUUGAUCAUUGACCCCAGCACUCCCAGGGGAACUGUACAUAAGGGGGUGCCCAUUCCAGCACCUCCUGAUGAUGUUUUGGCACUCGCUGUUAAUUAUAAGGAUCCUGUACAUCUGGUUUUGUUCUUCGAUACGAAGAGGACAUGGCAAUGGUUACCUGGGGAGAAGUUGGAGAAACUCGGUGUCUCGCAGAAAGUCGACGAAGCUAAAUUAAUCGAAUCUCGAAAGCCAGCUGAUCGUAAAGCUGUCAAAAAGGCGUAUCAGGAAGCACUUCAUUAUCGCAAACAAACACAUAAUACAGCAUUCAAUACAGUAUCAUCAUCGUAGUUAAUGGUAUUAAAAUAGUUAUCGUUUUUUAUUAGAAAUACAAUUUCUUCAUAUCAAAAGGCAUACGAAAAGAGCAUAAACAUAAUUUUUGAGGAAGUGGUG